CGCCGUCGACGUCAUCGUCGUCAGUAAUCAUGGCGGCGUCCUGCGUGCGAACCGUGGGAUCGAUUUUCGGAAAAUGUGGGAAUUGCAGCACGAGUUUAAACACAGUCACGUCGCAGUUAAGCCGACAGGUCCUGAGCAGGCAGAUAUGUGUGAGCUCUGCCCUCCACAGAAAGAACCUGGCGGCUGCAGGACCAGAGAAGUUCACGAUGGAGUUCAUCCAGAAGCAGGUGGAGGAGUUUAACAUCGGGAAACGGCACCUGGCGAACAUGAUGGGAGAAGACCCCGAGAACUUCACCCAGGAGGACGUAGAUAGGAGUAUAGCCUACCUCUUCCCCUCCGGCCUGUUUGAGAAGAAAGCCCGGCCCCUAAUGAAGCAUCCAGAGGAAAUAUUUCCGAGGCAGAGAGCUAUCCAGUGGGGAGCAGACGGGCGGCCGUUCCACUUCCUGUUUUACACCGGCAAACAGUCCUACUACUCCCUGAUGCAUGAAACAUACGGCAAAACCCUGAAGAUAGAGAAAUACCAAGAUCGUCUGAGAACCAAGGGACUCUUCUCCCAGGACGUCAAGCAGAUAGCUCUGGGCACAAGCAGGUGGCUAACAAAGGAGGAGCUGGAAGCGUUGCUGGUCGAGACCAUCGCCACUCAGGAUUACGAUCGCUUCAUCCGGCUGAUGGAGCGCCUGUUGUCCAUGCCCUACUGCGCCACCGAGCAGGAGUUUGUCCUGCGCUACCGCCGGCAGCUCGAGGCUCUGUCCAGCAAGCAAAUGGUGCCGCCGCUGGAGCGAGAUGACCAGGGUGUGGCCUUCAGCACUGCCGAAGGUCGGAGGAAGACGUCCAACGCCUCUGUGGUUCUCCGAGACUGCGGCUCCGGACGCAUCACCAUCAACGGCGCAGACUACCUGCACUACUUCCCCAUACUGCAAGACAGAGAGCAGCUGAUGUUCCCGCUUCAGUUCAUGGGCAUGCUGGGACGCUUUGAUCUGCAGUGCACGGUGAGCGGCGGGGGCCGGUCCAGCCAGGCGGGGGCGCUGCGGCUCGCCGUGUCUCGCACCCUGCUCAGCUUCCUGUCUGAGGGGGAGGUUGAGACCAUGAGACAAGCUGGUCUGCUGACCCCCGACCCGAGAGUGAGGGAGAGGAAGAAGCCGGGUCAGGAGGGAGCACGAAAGAAAUUCACCUGGAAGAAACGCUGAGGAGGAGAACCGCCUCCCCUGAACUUAAAUCUGGAACAUUCAGACUGACUCAUGGUGAUAAUAUUUCCCCCGGUUGAACUAUGCCCUCAUCUGUUUCCCAGAGGCUGUAUCACUUCAGUUGUCCUCAGUUUAUUUGAGCUUUUGGGAGAACUGAGUCAGAGAUGAACAGGCUGCCAUGUUUCAAUAUGCAACGCCUCAACACGCUGCAGCGAGCCUCUUCAGCCACCAGGUGGAAGUGUGUGUCUAGGAAUGAAUGAUAAAGGUGAAUGCAUAGCAAUACAUUACACAAUAAAUGAGGUUUUAUAUUUAAA